AGACCUGUUAACUUUUUAACGAAAGUCAAUAACACUUCUACAAAAACAGAAGCGUAAGACAAGUUGCACGCCUCCUUGGCUUCCUUCACGCAAUACGCCCAGGGAAUUUGAAAGUACAAACCAUCCAAUGGCAAUAGCAAAGCCUAACAAUCAUUGUUAAACCUAUUUUACAUUAAAUAUGCCGGAAGGACAAACGUGUUUGUGAGCCGCUUUACAAAGUUUCUAGAGAGCCCAGAACUAUUUUUUUUCCCAAACUCUUAUCUGAUUUGAUUUGGAAAGAUUUAUGGGUUUAUUUGCGUGUAACAUUUGCACGCAGUAAGAAACGCGACGCGGUGCAUAUGGGCGUUACAUGUCCCUCAAAACGCGGCGGCUGGCGGCGUCUGAGGCUGAACAUUCCGGAAGCGGUCCGCCGAGCAGUGGGAUGGGGGACUGGAGCCUGGGCUUGGGAACCCUGGGGGAGGAGGCGCUGCGCAAGCUGGCGGCAAUGCUGGACAACCCCAAGUGCGGCUGGCGGCAGCUGGCCGCUGCGCUGACGGAGAAACCGCAGUUCCGCUACAGUGAGAAGCAGCUGAUUGGCUGCUCCCUCCAGGUGCUCAGCUCCACCGGCAGCCCCAGCCGCUCCCUGCUGGCAAUGCUGGCCGACCAUGCCUGCCCCCUGGGUUUCUUGCUGCACUGCCUCAAGAAGAUCGAGCACCACAGUGCAGUGCAGUAUCUCAGUGUUACAGUGAUGGAGCAGAUCCGGAUUACAGUGCAGCCGGAAUCUCAGUUUGUGCAGGAGGGCAAGAGUGUGAUUCUGAAGUGUCGGGCGGCUGGCCCCACGGGCCUGACCUACCAGUGGUUUAAGGGAAAGGCGGAGGUUCCUGGUGGCAGUGGGCCCGAGCUGGUGCUGUGCCCGUUUGCGGCAGCUCUGCAGGGGCACUACAUCUGCCGUGUGAGCCAGGCGGAGCACUUCGUCUUCUCCCAGUGGGCACGCGUCAGCUCCUGCAGCGCCAGCAUGGGAAUUAUUUGCAACUUCUCCUCUGUGAGGGAUCUGUGCAUCAUCGGGCAGCCCCAAAGUGUGGCCGCGUCUGAGGGGGAAUCCCUGCAUCUGGAAUGUACAGUUGAGGGAAAUCCCGCUCCUGAGUACCAGUGGUACCACAACAAGGACCCUCUGCCUCAGGCUGUGGAUUCCCAUCUCAAGAUUCCAUGUGUGACCACUGCAGAUAGGGGGCAGUAUAGCUGCAGAGUGUACAAUCGCUACCAGGAGGUCUGGAGUGAUGAAGUUUAUGUGUCAGUCGGUCCCUGCUCAUUCUCUGAAUCUUGCUGGGCUGAGAAUGUCCAAGGUUCGUCUGCGUGCCCAGUGAGGCAGCGUCGCCAUUUCUAUGCGACAGACAAGGUGGCUCUGCUCAUUGGGAACAUGAACUAUCAGCACCACCGGCAGCUGAAGGCCCCCAUGGCCGACGUCCACGAGCUCACCAACCUGCUGCGGCAGCUGGACUUCAAGGUGGUGUCCUUGCUGGACCUCAGCUGGCAGGAGAUGCACAGCGCUGUGACAGAGUUCCUUUUGCUGCUGGACCGCGGCGUGUACGGGUUGCUGUACUUUGCGGGUCACGGUUAUGAAAACUACGGCAACAGCUUCAUGGUGCCCAUCGACGCGCCCGCAUCUUACACCUCGGAACACUGUCUGUGGGUGCAGGACGUGCUGCAGCGCAUGCAGGAGCGUCAGACGGGGCUCAAUGUCUUCCUACUGGACAUGUGUCGCAAACGAAACCUGAACGAUGACGUCAUUCCACAACCGGGGCCCCUGAAGGUGACGGCUAACAUUGUUUUUGGCUACGCUACUGUCUUCGUAACGCUUUAUCGUCGUGACGCUUUAUCUUCUUGGUGUGCUGACCGUGUGCUUGUGUCUCCGUCGCAGAAGGAGCUCUCAUUCACGGUGUGCCUUCAGUACCAGUACGACAGCAUGGAUGAGCAGGUGCAGGAGAGGCUGACGGUCUCUGUAGGCAAACCCCUGGUGGCUAAGCUGAACCUCUCCGAGGCCUGUCUCCCCUGCCACGCCUCCACGGCCUCCUCCUUCGACUCGCAGAUUUUCGGCCCCGCGGGGUCUGGGUGUUCCCCCGAGCCGCUUCACUGCUGCCCCCCAAGCGCAUACAGCCAAGGCCCGGCCUCGGCCUGCUGGGCGCCGCACGUAAAGCCGGUGAACUGUGCCGACGCAGCCUGCCCGGGCAGCGCCAACAUGCCGGAGGAGACCUUUAGCCCGGAGUUCGAGCUCCUCCAGACACAAGCUCUUCAGGCUCCCUCAGCUGCCUGUAAGAGUGUGCAGCCCAGUGGUAGCCAUUUGGAGGACCUUCCCAUCCAGUCGGGCAAGCAGAACUUUCACUCUUUUUAGAGUCAAAUCACAGAACACAUCUCUUAAAUUGCCACUAAUCUGUAUUAUAUUUUAAUGCAGGAUUGCACUCUGUUCUAUUAUAAAGCAUUACUUAAAGUUAGCAUAACUGCAUGUGUGACGCUAAUCUUAUAUUUAGUAUCUAUUAACCUAGUUGCAAAGCAGCUAAUGCGGUUGUUUUUUUUUGUUCUAGAUUGAGUUUUAUACUUUAAAAUGACAAUUUACAUAAUGAGCAAAUGACCUUGUGAUUGAUUGAUGGAUGGAUGGAUGGACAUGGAUGAACACCUUUGUUUAUGAGCACACUAAUCAAUAAUUAUUGUUUGCUUGUUUAUUAAUCAAGAAAUGUGGGUCUUUAUAUAUAAAGGUCAUGACAGUAAAACGCUAGGUAUGCUUAUUUUUGUAAAAGUAUUUACUGUAUAGUAGUUAAUGUGAACUGUAGUAUUUCUUAACCUAGAUGAAUGUAAUAAAGGACAACACGGAACAUAAUGCUCA